AUUCUUCUUCACGUUCAGACAUAAAAGCGGUCUGCCAGCAACUGAUAUGAAAGAGUAAAGGGCUUAAUCCAUUAAUGGAAUACUUUUACUCCGUACAAAUUAAGUCUAAAAAUGCAUUUUACGUUUUCUCAAUAGCUUGCUGUUCUUGUUUUAUCCCAACGACAGUUCCACUCUCUACUUUACCAAACUUUUAAAUUCCUAAUCACUUCCCUUUCUCCGAUCAAUUACAGCGUUUCCAGACACCCUUUUAAAGAAUUUCCGUUCCGUUUUCCACAUCUCCAAUCAAAUCCCCUUUCCAGUUUCCAGUCGCCGGAAUAUUUGAUUCUGUACUCCAAAAAUUUCCCAAAGAGAGCACCCGAAGAAAGCUUUAUUCCAUAAGCUUGACUUUGUUUUUGUUUUUGGGAAAAGAUUUGGGAAUAGCAAAUGCCUCCAUGGAAAUUGGUUGAAUAAAUACAGGGGAAAAGAUAAAAAGUUUGUGUUCUGAGUUGCUGAAAGAUGGUGGUGAGGAAGGUUGGGAAGUAUGAAGUGGGAAGGACGAUAGGGGAAGGAACAUUCGCGAAGGUGAAGUUCGCGCAAAACACGGAGACCGGCGAGAGCGUCGCGAUGAAGGUCAUCGAUCGUAGCGCCAUCAUCAAGCACAAGAUGGUCGAACAGAUUAAGAGAGAGAUAUCUAUAAUGAAGCUUGUCAGGCAUCCAUAUGUUGUUCGUUUACAUGAGGUUAUAGCAAGCCGCACAAAGAUUUAUAUUAUUUUGGAAUUCAUAACAGGGGGAGAACUUUUUGAUAAAAUAAUCCACCAUGGGCGACUUAGUGAAGCUGAGUCUCGUAGAUACUUCCAACAGCUCAUUGAUGGUGUGGAUUAUUGUCAUAGUAAGGGAGUUUAUCAUAGAGAUUUGAAGCCUGAAAAUCUUCUACUAGAUUCCCAAGGGAAUUUGAAAAUUUCAGAUUUUGGACUUAGUGCAUCUCCUGAUCCGGGUGUUUCUCUUCUCAAGACAACAUGUGGGACCCCUAACUAUGUCGCACCAGAGGUUCUCAGUCACAAAGGUUAUAACGGGGCUCUGGCAGAUGUCUGGUCCUGUGGUGUCAUCCUUUAUGUUCUAAUGGCAGGCUAUCUCCCAUUUGAUGAGGUUGAUCUCACUACAUUGUAUGGCAAGAUUGAGAGAGCAGAAUUUUCUUGCCCAUCAUGGUUCCCAGUGGGAGCAAAAUCAUUGAUUCAUAGAAUUUUAGACCCUAACCCUGAAACACGCAUUCGGAUUGAAGAGAUCAGGAAUGAUGAGUGGUUUAAGAAGGGUUAUGUUCCUGUGAAGAUCAUCGAGUAUGAAGAUGUUAAUUUAGAUGACAUUAAUGCAGCUUUUGAUGAUACUGAGGAAGAAGUGCCAAAUGAGCAAUGCAACAAUGAGGAUUUUGGGCCUCUAGCUCUUAAUGCAUUUGAUCUAAUCAUCCUUUCUGAAGGAUUAAACCUUUCAGUCUUGUUUGAUCGUGGGCAGGAUUCAGCAAAGCAUCAGACCCGCUUUCUUACACAAAAACCUGCAAAGGUUGCCUUAUCAACUAUGGAAGUGGUUGCCCAAUCAAUGGGGUUCAAGACACACAUUCGUAACUAUAAGAUGAGGGUGGAAGGUCUAUCCGCAGAUAAGAUCUCACACUUCUCCGUAAUUAUGGAGAUUUUCCAAGUAGCUCCAACAUUUUUCAUGGUGGACAUUCAGAAAGCUGCUGGAGAUUCUACUGAAUUUCUCAAGUUUUAUAAGAACUUCUGUGGCAAUCUUGAGGAUCUGAUCUGGAAACCACCGGAUGAAUUAUGCAAAUCAAGAAUUACGAAAGCAAAGGGCAAAAAGAGACACUUCCUCAAAUCCAUGGCUUCUAUGCCUUCAGUUGUGCUUAGCAACACUCUCAAGCUUGACCCUGAUUUCAAGAGAAACAAUAUCUCCUCUCUAUCCAUUGAGAAGAAACACAUUUCAUUGGAAAGAGGUGUGGACCCGUUUAGUCUGGACACCAGGAAGGGACUUUCGCUGAUAAGAAAUGUAAAUGAGAAGGUAGAAUCAGCUGCUUAUGUUCCGGUGUUGCGAGAAUGUGUGAAAAACAGCUCAGUUUCAGACGUUGAAGUGAUUCACGGUCACAUUGUAAAGACUGGUUCAUAUCAGGACCCGUUUGUCAUGACAUUUCUUGUGAAUACGUAUGCUAAGCUUGGAAGAAUGGAGGCUGCACGCAAGCUGUUUGAUAAAAUGUGUACAAGAAAUGUUGUUACGUGGACGUCACUAAUGUCGGGUUAUAUUCAGGAAGAACAGCCAGAGAUUGCUAUUCGGGUGUUUGUGGAAAUGCUGGAAGUUGGAGGGUACCCCACGAAUUUGACAAUAGGGAUUAUUUUGAAUGCUUGUUCUUUAUUGUCUGAUUUUGAGACUGGAAAGCAAAUUCAUGGCUAUGUUGUGAAAUAUAGAACUGAGCAUGACACAAGUGUUGGGAAUGCUCUUUGUAGUCUGUAUACCAAGUGUGGCGAUUUGGAUUCUGCAGUUAAGGCGUAUCGGAAGAUUGAGGAGAAGGACGUGAUAUCUUGGACCUCUGUUAUUUGUGCUUGUGGAGAUAAUGGGGAUUCUAGAGCGGCGCUGGGUUUUUUCAUUGAUAUGCUUUGUAAUGGUGUUGAGCCAAAUGAAAUCACACUGUCUAAUGCCUUGAGAUCAUGUAUUGUGAUGUGGGCUUUAGGAUUAGGAUCACAAGUUCAUUCUUUGAGCAUUAAGCUUGGGUAUAGUUCUAAUCCACUCAUAAAAAACUCACUUCUGUAUCUAUACUUGAAAGGUGGAUUGGUUAAGGAGGCGAGGAAGUUGUUUGAUGGAAUGGAAACGCGAAGUUUGGUUUCGUGGAAUGCUAUGAUUGCAGGAAUUGCCCAAUUGACAGAUCUAGCAGAGGAUGUUCUGUCAAGUCAUGGCUGUGGAAUAGAGGCACUCAACGUUUUCUUGAGACUGAACCAAUCUGGCGUAAAACCUGACUUGUUUACCUUCUCGAGUGUACUAACUGUAUGCAGUCAUUUAGCAGCUAUGGAGCAAGGGGAGCAGAUUCAUGCCCAAGUAAUCAAGUCUGGUUUCUUAUCUAAUGUGGUUGUGGGAACUGCCCUACUCAACAUGUAUGGUAAAUGCGGAAGCAUUGAUAGCGCGAGCCGUUCUUUUGUGGAGAUGUCCACAAGAACUUUGGUAAGCUGGACUUCCAUGAUUGCAGCUUAUGCACAAAAUGGCUGUUCUAAACAGGCACUACAGCUCUUCGAAGACAUGAGAUUUGUGGGAGUUAAGCCAAACCUGGUCACAUUCACCGCUGUUCUCUUUGCUUGUAGCCAUGCUGGAAUGGUGGACGAAGCGUUUGCUUAUUUCAACAUGAUGAAUAGCAAGUACAGAAUCAAGCCUGCAAGGGACCAUUACUCGUGCCUGAUUAGCAUGUACGCGAGGCUGGGGAGGAUAGAGGAAGCUCUCGAGUUUAUGAAGGAGAACGAUAUUCGGCCUAAUGAGUUUACGUGGUCACUCUUGAUUGCAGGCUGCAGAAGCCAUGGGAAAUCAGAGCUGGGAUUCUAUGCUGCAGAACAACUGCUAAACCUCAAUCCAAAGAACCCGGAGACAUAUACUUCAUUGCUGAACAUGUAUGUCUCGGAAGGGAGAUUGGAGGAUGCCUCUCGGCUGAGAAAAAUCAUGGAAGACAACAACAUAAAAAAGUUACACGACUGGAGCUGGAUUAACAUUAGAGACAAGGUUCAUUCAUUCGAGACCAACGCCCAACUUCACCCGCCAUACAAAGAGGUAGCAGAGUUCUUAAGCGAUUUGCAUAAUCAGGCCAAGGCUCUCGGCUAUGAAUUACAAACAGAACCCGAGGAAGAAACUGGAUCUGCAGGCUAUCACAGCGAAAAACUGGCAGUUGCGUUUGGGUUGUUGAACACUCCAGACGCUGCAGCCAUACGAGUCAUCAAGACUAUCAGUAUGUGCCGGGAUUGCCAUGUUUUUCUGGAACUGGUAUCUACUUUAACUGGUAGGAAAAUCCUUGUUAGAGAUAGUAAAAGGCUGCACAUAUUUGCCAAUGGAGUCUGUUCAUGUGGGGAUUUUGCACUCUUGGAGAUGCCAUGAUAUUUUUAGUUGAUGGUAUUCCAUUGCUUUUGCAAGGAGUGUAAUUGACUUUGCAUAACAUAUGAAUAAUAAUACAAAGAAGAUUAGCAUGACUUUGCACAAGUA